AUGGCAGACAAGUGUUAGUGCGUGCAUGGAACAGAGUGUGGUGAUGAGGUUUCUUGUGAACGAAGGUGUAAAACAUGCAAAUAUCUACAGAUGACUUCAAGCACAGUACGGUGAUGAGAUGCUCAGCUGCAGUAAGAUAUUUGAAUGGUGUAAACAUUUCAAAGAUGGCCGUACGUACGUCAGUGACGAUCAUGGCCGUAGUGGUUCCCAGCCCACAACAGUCAUUCAUGUGAACAUUCAUCGUGUGGAACACCCAAUCAUGGAUAAUCAAUGUAUAAACCUGUCAUGAAAAUGCACAAGAGACAAAUCUCUGUGGGAAUGGUGAACACAAAGAUGAC